AGACGUCUUGAGACUAUCACUCGUGAAAAUGCAUAAAUUAAUAUCAGUCUUAUUCUUAGUUCUCUGCAUGGAAUUCGCUUUUGGCCAGCAUUUUAUUCGACCGACUUGGAGACCUCCUCCUACACGAAGACCUUUUUAUCGAAGAAUUCGAGAUGUAAGUAACCAAGAACCAUUGUGGUUGUACGGAGGUGAUGUUCCACGAGCACCGGCCACUGGUGACCAUCCCGUCCUGCCCACAUACAUCGACGAUGUUAAACUAGACCCCAACAGAAGAUACGCUCGUGAUGUCAAUGAUCAACCACUGUGGUUAUUCCAAGACGAUAACAUUCCGAAAGCGCCCACAAGCGGUGACCAUCCAGUUCUCCCAAGUAUAAUUGAUGAUGUAAAAUUGGAGCCGAACCAAAGAUAUGCCCGAAGUGUGGACUCGCCAAGCGCUCGGCGAUCAAGCAGAGGCCAGUCAAAGUCUAGCAAUCACGACACUGGCCGGACUCACCCGGGAUAUAAUCGGCGAAACGCCUAAGCUGUUGCCUUGUCUGCCUGAAGAGUUUUACAAUUUAACACGCUGUGAUUUGACUACUACGUACCUACUACCUUUUUUCAUGCGAGGAAAUCCUCUUGAAUACCUUCUCGCCACGAGGAGGCGAGACGGUUAUGUCGCACUUCAAUUAACUAAAACCCCACGGUGUGCCUCGUCACCUAAGGACUGGGCCACGGCAUCGUCUCCAUAAGCGAUCGCAACCAUCUACCUGCUACCUAUCUACGUAUAUGUAUAGUGUGUACCUAUAGAUUUCCCUUUCGUAUUUUAAGUAAUAAUUAUAGUACUUACCUACAAUAAGUAUUAUUAGCAUUAAGCUAAGCAUUCUGUAAUCUUUAUAAAUAAUAAAUCG